CCCGUAUCCCCCCCCCCCCCUUUGUUUACAUCGGCUGCAGAAAUAACGUGACCAAAACACAGACCCAAAAAAACAAUGAAUUUAUCUCAUUUUAGACAUAUUCCGAGGGCAUGGACAAACCAAUGGCUGUUGAGAAAUGCCUUUGGCCUCCAAAGCACAUGCGGCCUUCACACUACAGCAGCAGCAUGCAAGGUGCAGUCCGGGCGGUAUAAGGUGACCACCGAUAGAUCAAGGCCUCUGACAUAUGAGAUGGCAAACCAACCCUGCCAGAUUGCCCAUCGAAAGGCGUGGAAUACCUGGAACACAACAAGUCUUCUUGAUGGACAGCGAGAACCCGAGACAGUUGUCGAAGACAUUUUCAUCCGCAAGUUUAUGAUUGGAACGUGGCAUGAUUUAUUUGUAUCUGAGGUGAUCAUCAAGAGACAGCACAACAUGAUACGCAUUGCUGGUGUUGUCCAGCAGAGAAUUGCUGCACGGAAGAUGUAUUUCCUGAUUGGCUACUGCGAAGAGUUGUUGUCAUAUUGGUUGAAAUGCCCAGUGAAAUUGGAGAUCCAAACAGUUACAGAUAAAAAGUCUGUAAUUUAUAAAUAUAUAUGAUUGGUUAAUCUGCUGUUCAAAUUAUGGUUGUAAAUAAAUGAGUAAUGUCAAUAAUAAAUCUUGUUUAGAAAAAUUA